AUGCAGGUUCUGCAUAAAAUAAUGCUUGGAAAAGCGUCUUUGGAGCAUCCAGGUGGUCUUAGUCAGCCAAGCAUAAACGACGACUUCGACCCAAACAUCCUUGCUGACGAUUUCGAAAUAUCGGAAAAGAUAUCGUCUUUAAAAAAUAAUCAAUGUCAAGAUGCAAUUAAAUUAUGCGCAAGAACAAUUCUUUCACAUCUAGUCUCACAUUUGGGCCAUUUCCCAAUGGCUAUUGGUGCUACACGGCUCAGCUCACUUGUUGCGGAACACGAUGACGUACCUAAUAUGAGUUCGGACGAUUUGUCAACAAGUAUUUUCUCUGCUUCUAAUAUACAGUUGUUCAUUUUGUCCAAAAAUAUCAUUGCAAGCUUAGUCGAGCUUCCAGCCUUAGAAUUACCAGGAGGAGGGACAACAGCUGGUCUGUCAACUGCUGAUAAGCAAGUAAGAGUUAUUUUAAGAGAUCUAUCCGGAAAAUCCAGUUGGGAUGCUUCCAUUUUAUACAAAAAUCCGGAACAUAUCAAACAACGAAUAGAUCUUGACUUUCAAAAGUCUCAGACAGAUAACGUUGAUAGUGGUAUUCAGAUGGAAAGUUUGAUGGCAUCAUCACCGUUACAUAAUUUACCACAAAGAGCUAUAAGACAUAGACCUCCAAGUGUUUUACCAGAUGUUUCUAAUGCAGCACCUGAUUUGGACCAACUUGAUGAUUACCUGGGAUAUACAAGUCCAGAAUGUCUAGAAAACUUCAACCAAAAGUUAAACGAACCAGCUGCACCACCAAUGAGUACUGAUGUAGAGAACGAAGCUAUUGCGUCCGUUAUCAGUCAGAGAAAUGUGGAACUGGAGGACAGUAGGUUUUCUCAACAAAUCGAUUCAAUGCUCGGACAGCCUGUAGAGAGACCAAACAGUAGGUCAGAGACUAGUUAUCCGUCGUUCAGUAGCGUUGCUUACCAACAAAAUAUUGCCACCGUAACCGAGCAGAACGCUUUCCAGCAUUGUCGUCUUUUCUUUUCUCAAUUAGGAUUGGCAGGAUGGGAAAGAAGGCAGCAGUUGCAUUUACUUAAUAAGACUGAGCGAUUAUUAAGGGAGUUGCGUAAUUUAGAUAAUCAAAGUUGUCGAGAAACACAUAAGUUUGCUAUCAUUUAUGUAGCUCCUGGUCAAGAAGAUAAAAAUUCAGUAUUGUCUAAUCAAGGUGGUAGUGUUGCUUAUGAACAAUUUUUGGCAUCUUUGGCAUGGGAGGUAGAAUUGGAAGGUCAUACCGGUUUUUUAGGAGGUUUACAAAGGCAAGGAACAACCGGAUUGACCGCUCCUUACAUAGCUACAAGCUUUUUAGAAGCCAUUUUCCACGUUGCCACUCGAAUGCCGGGAGAUUCUCCAGAGGCCGUACUUAAUAAGAUAAGACAUUUAGGCAAUGACGAAGUUCACAUUGUAUGGUCCGAGCACAAUAGAGACUAUAGACGUGAUAUCAUUCCCACUGAGUUCUGUGAUAUUUUAAUAACUAUUUAUCCAUUAGGAGGAAAUUUAAAUAGAGUGACAAUUAAUUUAAAAUCUGACGUUCCACAUUUUGGAGUAUUAUUUAAUGAGGCUAUUGUUGAAACUUCAGUGUUAGCCGGAUUAGUUAGAGCAACAGCCAUUUGUGCAAGUCGAGCCAAGAGAAUUACUUACGAAUUCUAUCAACAGUAUUAUGAAGAAAGAGCUAGGUCUUUAGAAACAGUUGUAACUAAACACAAAAAAGGUACAACGUAUGAAGAAUUCAUAUCAAAAGUAUACAGUCCCGUCCUUACGCCAAAUUUGCUUUACCCUAAUAGUUUAUCGUCAAACAACGGUGAUGUUGGUUCAAAUUCUAUGCUUGCAGCUGCUCUAUUGGACUCUCACGGACAUAUCCCAAAGAGCUCCCAAAGAUCUGAUCAGAAAUUUAGAGCAUCGGCCAAUGAAGUUACUAGAAGCGGUUGGUUUCAAAAUUUAGACAACCAAAUCGUCGAAUCCAGCAUAUCUCCUAGACCCAUGAAGAGAAUUUCAACCAAUUUAAAACCGUCGAAAAAGUCGGUAAAACGUGAAACUUCAGUGGAAUCUCCUCCGGAAAGCCCUCUACAAAUUACCCGAAGAAAGUGACUUAUUGUAUGUAGAAAGUUGUUAAAAAUUAUCUUAAACUAACAUCAGACAGAGUGCUUAGAGACAAAACUUAUGGCUACGCAAAAAUUGGCUAAUUCAUUUUAGUAUAUUCUUCUUUCAAGGAUGUGUAUAUGUAUUUAUUUUAUAGCAGAUGUUUAUUUUUUUAUAGAUUCUUAUUAUCCCAAUAGCUAGAACAGAGAAUUGUCAUGACAAGAAUUUACGGAAGUGGUUUAACAGAAAGAUCGGAAAUCUGUAUCUGAUAUACUUAUAAUCUCCAUUAUCUAGAAUGGAAUAGAACUUUUCUAAUAAAUAAAAGUAAUGUAAAAAUAAAAUACAUAUCACAACAUAGAUAAAUAUCUUUAAUCACAACGAUACUUAAUGAUUCGAUUCAUCCAAAGAACAAAUAACUAGAUUAACGAAUAUGUAAUAAACAUACUGAUGCCAUAUGAAACUAAACGAGUAAGGAAUGUCAUAAAUGUACAUCUAGUAGUAGUAACAAGACAACUUAUUGAGGUCGUCCACGUGGUCUUCUUCCAGUUGGGGCUUCUUCCCAUAACAGCCUUACUAUUCUUUGGUUAGAAUAUCUUCUGAGGCGCCCUGUCCACCGGGCUCUUCUAGAC